AGUAACUAUAGUGAUUACAUAGAGUAUAGCAAUAAGUGACGUUUCCGAGUAUUGUAUUUCCUGUUACUGAUUUUUCUAAAAUAGUUCUUAUCGUUUCAAUCUAAUUUAUGAGACAUAAGUUUUGUAAAUUAUUGACGAAAAUGUGUGGACGUUAAGUGUUAUUUGCAAACAAAGAAGACGACGUGUGUGUACAAUUUUUUGAUAGUAGAUUUGUUCAACUGAAAAGGUUAUGUCAGUUAUGACCGCAAGAACGUAUAACUGAAUUUAUAUUAUCACAUUUACAGUAAAAACGAUACAAAGGAAUAAAAGUGACAUAAAUAUAAAUUCUAUGAUAAAAGAAGGAAGUGGUUAAUAAACGAACCAUAAUGUUUCAAAAUCGAUAAAGUAUUAUCUCAAUAUCUUUAUAAUUAUUUUUUCAACAGACAAUUGGUUUUGUAAAUAGAAAAAAUAAUGGGAAAGCAUAGAAUGCAGUCGUUCUAUGGAUUCACCACUUUCGUGUUUCUUCUUUAUUUCACAAAUGCAUCGAAAACACAAAGUUCACUAAGUGUUAUAGAUGUUAUGAAAGCAGAUGAAAAACUACAAAAAUUUCCACCAUUAGUUUACAAGAGUAAUAUAGCACAAAACUGCUCUACUGUAAAAUAUCCUGAAACUAAUGUGGCAGCAUAUAAUAUAUCCACAAAUACUUUUUUGUGUCUUGCAUUUUAUGAUGCAUGUCACAAAGCCCAUAGUAAUCCGAAUCAAAUGGAACUAUUGUCUAAUAAUAAAUUUGAUUAUUAUCUUAAGAGAUUCUUUCCUGGAGAAAAAGACACUGAUCAAUUUAAGUUUUGUACAAAUCUUGGAAAUGUUACAAUUUCAUACAAGAAAUUGGAGCCAUUGUUAUCUCAACUUGUAGAUUUAAAUAAAUUUUAUAAAUGCUCUCGUUUAUGUUUUACCGAAGCAGGAGAUUUUAAUCCAUUUUGUGCAGUAAUAGCCUGGAGCAAAAGCAUUGAUAAAGAUGCAAAGAUGCUAAAUGCAAGUCAAGGCAUGGGUUUGGUAGAUACUUCAAAUAUUGAAUUUAAAAAAAAGAAAACAACCAAUGUUCUUAAAUCUGACAUAAGUCCAUUAAAAACAAUGGAGAGUGGCAAUCCUAUUAAUAAAGACACAAAUGAUGGUGAACAUAACGCUGUAAAGUUGCAAAGUAAUCUUGGAAAUGGGAUGGAAAUGGCUAAAUCAUCAGACUCAGUGCCAUCAUUGCCACUACAGUCAGUAUUGCCACCAAGAGCAGGAUUAUCAUCUCAAUCAGCAGUGUCACCAGAAUCUGUAUUGCCACCACAAUCUGUAUUGCCACCACAAUCUGUAUUGCCACCACAAUCUGUAUUGUCACCACAAUCAGUAGCAGGAUCAGAUGAUCCAAAUAAAUCUCAGAUAGGAGAGCCCAACAUUGUUGAUAAUGGUGGACAAAAGAUGAAAAGUAAAGUUGAUUCCUCUACAGUAGACCAGCAGCAAGUGGUGUCAGGCAGUGCAGUAGUUCACGCUUCUGACAAUUUACAUGAAGCACCCAAGAACCCUAGUACAAGCAAUAAUGGUCCUGAUGAAAGUCCAAAAGAAGCUACCGAUGAUACCAAGACAAGUACAAUAUCAGAAAACACACAGGAUGACAAUUCUGCUAAUCAAGAAGAUUGGAGUCAUGGGGAGCCCUAUGAUACAAAUGAUGCCUUUAAUCAGCCGAAUGAUCCAGCAGGUGAUCAAACUCAAAACGGUCUUGAUCUUUCGGGACAAAGAAAUAUAGUAUCUCGUUAUCAUAGUAUGAGCCCUGAUGAAGAGUCUCAUGUUUUUACUUACUUUACCGUGAUUACUUUGGUCUCUAUUGCUGCAUACAUUGGUUAUCAUAAUAAGCAAAAGAUCUUAGCUAUUAUAUUAGAAGGACGAAGAUCACGAAAUAGCCGUGGUAGGCGGCGUCCAAGCACAGCUAAUUAUCGUAAAUUAGAUUGUACACUAGAAGAAGCGGUGACGUCACAGUGUAAUGCAAAUGUUACUCAUGUCAUAUAUUAAUGUAUCAGAUACAACUGUAUAAUAGCACUCCUUGUGUAAAAUAUUUUGUAUUCAAGUAUACUUCCAUCGUAAUACGAGUUUAUUUUUAAUAAGCUAAUUAUUUGUCAGUGUUUGAUCAAUUGUUACUACAUUAUCAGCAUAUAUUAUCAGCAGUACUUCAUUAUAGAUUCCGAUGUCAAUAACAACAAUUUUUCAUUCCAGUUAAUUAAUCAUCAACUAUAUUUUCUUAAAUGUAAAGAAAACAAGUCAUAUCUUACAGCGUUCCGUUUAGGUUAUGCUGUCGGAAUCGUUAAGAACGAGUUUUUUUUUAUAUUUAUGAACAAAAUUAACGCUAAAAAUUCAUUUUUUUUGUACUUAAUCAAUAUCAUCAUUUUUCAUAAGUUGGUACUCUUGCAUAAUUUGGAAUUAAAAUGCCCGAAACAUUUUCUUACAAUCGCUAAUCUCCGUUUAAAAAUUUCUUUAUGGAUACAUUUAUAUUUUUUUUAUGUACCAGUUCUGCAUUCCAUAUUUUCCCCUACAUUUUUCUUCAAUAAACUCUGUUCCCUCAAGUUUCCUUAUUAUAGAAAGAUCAAUUUUAUUUUUCAAGUCGCGAAAGAAACGAUGUAGAUGUAAAUAAAUAUAUAUUUCUAAAGGAAAAUGAUAUCGAUAUAUAAAGUGUUACUUGUGCAAUACUUAGCUUUUUGUAAAAUGAAUAUAGAACACAUUCGCGUUGUUUUGAAGUAUAAUAGCAUGAGAUAAGUAACACAAAAUUUACAUCAUGCAUUAUCGCAGGCAGUUCCUUAAGUGAAGUGUAUAUUACAAACGAUGUAUAAACAAAUGUACUUCAAGGUAAAGUUAUAAUUCUACAUAACAUUGAUUGUUUAUAACCUCACUCGAAUAGGUUGACAUUAAUGUUAAAAAUAAUUAAGCAAUAUAUCUACUUGUGUAUAUUAGAUUUAAGUAAUUUCAGUGCACAAAGAAUACUGCUAUUUGUACGUAUGCGUGUGUCUCAAUAUCAAAAUGCUCGUUUAAAUUACUUAUUGUAUGUUUGUUGAUAACUGUGCCGAAUUAAUUUAUCAGAUGAAAUGCCGUCCACUUGUACGCGGUAAUGCCAUAAAUAUAUUGUACGUUCUGGCAAUAAAUAUUUAAUAAAUUUCAUACAACAAAGUGA